AUGAAUUCCAGAAACUCUUCUCUUCUCUGCGUAGCCCUCGCUCUUCUGGCUUUGUCGUCGGCCGUUAAGGCCUUCGACAUCACAAAAAUGCUGGCACAAUACCCAGACCUUAGUUCAUUCAAUCAACACCUUACCGAAACCAAGCUUGCUGAUCAGAUCAAUAGCCGUCAAACCAUCACCGUCCUCGCCGUCGACAACUCCGGCAUCUCCGCCCUCUCCGGCAAGCCACCGGCCACCAUCAAGGCCAUCCUCAGCACUCAUGUCGUCCUCGACUACUACGACGAGAUGAAGCUCAUGUCCUCCGUUGAGAACCAACAGACUCAAUUGACCACUCUCUACCAAACCACCGGUCCCACCAAUAGCCAAAUGGGCUUCAUCAAGGUCGGCUUGAUCGGUGAGGGUGAGAUCGCUUUCGGCUCCGCCGUCAGUGGCGCCCCCCUCGACGUCGAACUCGUCAAGACCGUCGUCUCUCAGCCCUACAACAUUUCUAUCCUCCAAGUCACCAGACCAAUUAUUGCCCCUGGCAUUGAUGGACAAUCGUCAAAAUCAGCAUCGUCACCGGCUUCAUCAUCGGCACCAAAAGCGGAGGCUCCAUCAUCGGCACCAAAAGAAAAGGCUCCAUCAGCAUCAUCGCCAUCUCCAUCAUCAGAGACACCAGCAGCAAAGGCUCCGGCUGCAUCAAGGAAGCAGAUAUCACCAUCUUCGGAGACCUCACCUUCGUCUGAGGCCUCGCCGGCACCAGAGAUCUCGCCAUCUCCUGAAGAAGCGGGAGCGCCAUUGUCAGAUGAAGAGGCCCCAAGUGAUGCUCCGGUUCCCGCCAGCGGCAGCUCUCCACGGAUCCAGACGGGACUAGUAUGGGCCGGACUGAUGGGCUUCGUAGCCCUUUUGGUCGCUAUGUAA